AUGAUUACCAAAAAAACAAACGAAAACGGACAUGAAAAAAACGAGGAGCAAGAACAAGAUGACGAAGAAUUAAUUACACCAACUCGAACAAAUCUUAAAACAAUCUUGGAAGAAAAAGCAUUUAACAAAAACAAUAACGAAAAAAUAACCUUAGAAGGUCGUGAUGAUAGCAGUAGUGGCGGCAGUAAUUUAAUUACUGACAAUAUAUUAAAGAGAAGACCUUCUGCGCCUUCUAAACUAAAUGUUGAUACUAUAAAAAUUGAUCAAACAAAUUACAAUAAAACUAAGACCAACAAUAAUAUUGCCACAAAAACAAUUUCUACGUCGACACCUACAUCUCCGGUACUUUCUUUAGUGUCUCCAAAAAUAAUGAAAUUACGUCGUAAAUGGAAUCCUAAAACUAAUGGAUUAAAACCAGCUUCUCCUUUAAAUUCUUUGCCAAGAAAUGAACUUGAUAAAGAUUUACUAGCAAGAUUGGAACAACAAAAUUCUCAAUUACCUCCUCAAGGUUCGGCUGAAUUUUUGCUUGCAAGACUCAAUCUCUAA